AUGUAUUUUUUAUGACAAGUGAAGAUUACAUAUUAUCACUGGCUAUCUCCCUAUUUUUCAAUAGAGUUUUUUGUGAUAUAAAGAGGAGACAUAACCGAAUUAACAAUCAGUUCCAUUUUCAAUCCAGAACAUCAACGUAGAAAUGAAUAAAUACGCCAUCGUUUCACUAGCCCUCUUGGCCCUUUCAUCGGCUACUGAGAUCUUGCAAGGUCCAAGUUUUGGAACAGUCAAUGUGGGUCCAGAUGGUAGUGUGGUUCACGAUAUAAAAUAUGGAGGAAAUGUGGUUGGAGGUGUUUCACCAAUUGUAGGAAGUUAUCAUAUCCCCAUCUUGAGAAAUUCCAACGUUGAAGGAUUGAUCAAAAAUGGAUAUGGAGCUCUAAAAUUGGUUGCUACCAAUUCAGUACCAGUUACUACAGGAAUUCAAGGACCAAGUGUGAAAACUGUAAUCGCAGGUCCUGAUGGAAGCUCGAUUGACAGUUUUGCAUCUGGAGGAGUCGUAUCUGAUGAUGGAUCAGUUUUGAUUGCUCCAUCUACUCAAACUUUUUAUAAAUAUGCUGACAAUUCACCUUACGUAGUACCAACUGUAGUUCCCGGAUCCAAAUCAUAUUAUGCACCUGGCUUUUACUCUGGUUUUGUUCCUCUUCCUUAUGGUGGUUCAGUGGUCUCUGGUCCAUCUGGUGUUAUUGUAGCAAAAUAAAUGGGUAACCAUAUGGUGUUCUAUGGAAUGACAAGCAAAUGAAUGAAAUGGAAUGAAAACAGUACCGACCAUUUUUUCUCAUCAUGAUAUAAAUGUUAAUAUAAAUGAAUAACGACUAAAAUAAAUAUUCAUCCUUCAAAA